AUGGCGGAUCGCCUCGCGUCCAUCUUUGGGACGGAGAAGGACCGCGUGAAUUGCCCGUUCUACCUCAAAAUCGGAGCCUGCCGCCAUGGAGACCGCUGCUCGCGUAUGCACAACGUGCCGUCGAUCAGCCAGAGCAUCCUCAUCCGGAACCUGUAUCAGAACCCCGUGCUCACCCAGCCGGCCGGACCCGACGGUUUGCCGCUCCCGAUCGACACGAACGAGAAGCUCGAAGACUUUGAGGACUUCUACGAGGACGUGUUCGAGGAGCUCGCCAAGUACGGCGAGGUCGAGGAGAUGAACGUCUGCGACAACCUCGGCGACCACCUCGUCGGGAACGUCUACGUCAAGUUCGGAGCGGAGGAGGAAGCCGCCGCGUGCUACCAGGCGCUCCAGGGCCGCUACUACAUGGGCCGCCUGCUCACCGUGGAGUACUCGCCCGUCACGGACUUCCGCCAGGCCACGUGCCGGCAGUACGAGGAGUCCAGUUGCCGCUUCGGCGGGUAUUGCAACUACUUGCAUUUGCUCCCGGUGGACCGUACGGUGCGCGCGCUGACGUUCGGGGCGCAGGCGGAGCGGCUGAAGCGCGAGGGCCGCGUGCGGCCGCGUCGCGCGGCCGCUGGGUUCCGCGACCGGGGCCCCAUGGGGCGUGGGCGGUCGCCGCCGCGCGGCGGGGGGUUCGGCGGAGGGUUCGGCGGGCCGGGCGCGGGGGCGGAGCGCGUCGGAGGAGCGCAGGGCGAUGUUUGCGCAGUGGAACCAGGAGCGGGGCCGGGAGGUGGGGGCGCUCCGCCGGGACCCCCGGGGCGCCGCCCGGGCCGCCGGGAGGGGGGUACGGCGGCGCGCCGCCGCCGCCCGCCGCCGCCGGGCGGGUUCCCAGGCGCGCCGCCGGGCCCGCCGCCGCCCGCAGCGGCGCCGAGCGCGUACCCGCCCGCGCCGCCCCCGCAGGGCAUGUACCAGCCACCGCCGCCGGCGUAG